UCGAUGGUCUGCACAAUUGAAGGCUGCCUGGGAUUUUGGCUAGAUGGUUGAAGAAGUUGUGGUCGGGGGGAACUGAAACUUGUUUCAACUCAACGGCAAACAGUCAAUUGCUUGUUGCAGGCAGGCUUGCUGCACGAUAGUUUGUAAUUGAUGAGUUCAUGAUAUCUUGCCCUCAUCUUACCAACUUUCUAACCACAAUUAAUUAACGUUUGGUACCGGUGGUCAAACCAUUGCCUCCCAAGCCGCAUUCACUAGAUGCCAUCGGAUAUGUGUCCGAGGUUAGAAUGACGCUGUCUCGGCCCCGCCAUGCCGUGAUCGGCCGGCUCUUUAUACAUGCAUGGGUCGACUACAUGGCCUAGCUCACAUGCUUUAUUCCCAUAGCCCGAUAUUUCUCCUCCGUACUAGUGGCGUCAGCUUUUAUGGUAGAAUUCUAGGGACAUUCAGUUAAAUUUUGACACCCACCAUCCCAAUUGGCUCAGUAUGAAGCUGUCUAAAGUCAUAUCGACAGCUGGGAGAGGCUCUCGAGCUCUCGGCGGCCCGAACUCAGCCUUUGUGCGACCUCUCUCGUCCACGGCCGCCACUAGCACCAAGGGCCUUGCCUGCUCAAGAACGACAACGAGGCCGCAACAAGCCCAAUCAACGCAUCUUCGAUCUUGCAAUCAUCCACGACCCCCCACAUCGCAAAGCCACAGAUCUUAUGCUUCCUCCUCCUCGUCCGACACGCCCCUCAGUAGAACAGCCCUUUAUGAUAUUCAUCUCGCCCACGGCGCCAAGAUGGUGCCCUUUGGCGGCUUUGAGAUGCCCGUGCAAUACGCCGGACUGGGCGUAAGCGCUUCCCACCACUUCACGAGAGAGAAGGCAUCGCUGUUCGACGUGGGCCAUAUGGUGCAACAUUGGUUCGAGGGGCCAGGUGCAACGGCCUUUCUACAACGCAUCACACCAGGAAGUCUGGCAAGCCUCCCGGUUCAUCAGAGCACGCUCUCCGCGCUCCUAUGGCCAGGAACAGGCGGCAUCGUCGACGACACCAUCAUCACCCGGCUUGGGCCUGAACGGUUCUACGUUGUGACCAACGCAGCCUGCCGGGAAAAGGAUCUCGCUUACCUCAAGGAGCAACUGGCGACAUGGGACGGCCCCGGAGUUCGCCAUGAAGUCCUCGACGGCUGGGGUCUGAUUGCCCUGCAAGGGCCGCUCUCGGAGGAGCUGCUUACCCAGAUCCUGGAAGACCCAGCGGUCACGAAGCUGCACGAGCUUUACUUCGGACAGUCGUGCUUCGCCAACAUCAAGGGCGCCAAGGAGCCCGUGCUCAUCAGCCGCGGGGGCUACACGGGCGAGGACGGCUUCGAGAUCUCCAUCAACCCGGCAGACACAGUUUCCGUGACCGAGACGCUGCUCACUGCCGCGGGACCUGAGAAACUGCAGUUCGCCGGCCUCGGGGCGCGCGACAGCCUGCGGCUGGAGGCGGGUAUGUGUCUAUACGGACACGACCUCGACGACAAGACGACGCCCGUCGAGGGCGCGCUGGGCUGGAUCGUUGGCAAGGACCGCCGGACGCCCGCGUCCGACGCCGACAAGUUCCACGGCGCCGACGUCGUGCUCGCGCAGCUGACGCCCAAGAGCAAAGGUGGUAGCGGCGUGUCGAGGCGGCGUGUGGGACUCACGGUCGAGGGUGCCCCGGCGCGUGAGGGCGCAGAGAUCGUGGAUCCCAGCAACGAGGGCGAGAAGAUCGGGGUUGUUACCAGUGGGUGCCCUAGCCCGACACUGGGUAAGAACAUCGCCAUGGGCUAUGUCAAGGACGGCUUGCAUAAGGCUGGCACCGAGCUCCACGUCCUCGUCCGUGGACGCCCACGCAAGGCCGUGGUGACGAAGAUGCCCUUUGUGCCGGCGAAGUAUCAUAAGGUGCCUGCGUAGGCUUCCUGGUCGGAGUUGGUUUGUUCGAUUUUGCAUAUUCAUAUAAAGAUUCCGAGCUUGCGGGAAGAAAGGAGAGGGGCUGAAAGUCUUUGCAUGUUACGAGUAUAGUAUGACGAGGGGCGAACUACUACUUGUGUAGCCGUACCUAAGUUCGGCAAGGUUCUAUGUUUUAUCUAGUACACGGCUCCCCGAACUUCUUUGGAUAUUUUGUGCUACAGGGCUUGACGGCGGAGUAAUAGUGGCUGCAGGAGCAGCAGCCUGUAUUUUUCAACAUUGCACACGAUGUCGUUGUUUAACGGGAUGGAAAGAGUACGACACAGGGGGAGUUAACAAAAAGGAUGACUCGCAUUAGAUACCCUCAACGAAGAUCUAGGUAGUGAAGAUUAUUUUACUUGGUUUCUUAUCAUCGAGAGCCAUCUUUCUAGCUUCUCCUGGCU